UGCGCAAAGCCUUGUGAUAUAGGUUGAGCUAAGAGUGGCUUCCUAUUGAGCCAUGCAGGUCGAGAAUUGCAUCUCGCCAGCGAGUGAUCUCUCCAAGAAAUUUAUGAAUGUGGGCAGUGGCUUUCCGAGCUCCGAUGGAUCAGAGCUUGCCUUGCAGGACCAUCCUAUUUUAUCUGCAAGUGACAACCUGGAGAGAAGUUCACCCCUGAAAAAAAACUCCAGGGAGAUGACGAAUCAGUCAGAGGCAGACAAUUUUCCCGACUCCAAGGACGCAUCGGGGGACGUCCAGAGGGGCAAACUCUCUCCUGAUCUUCACGGCGUCUCUGACAUCCGUCAUAAUUUCGAUGGAUCUGCAGGAGAAAGGUGCAUCUUUUCUCCGUCCACCCAGCCACAGUCAGUCUCCGCAGCUCCCGGUGCCAUGUUCCCUUACCCGAGCCAGCAUGGACCAGCGCACCCGGCUUUUUCUAUUGGAAGCCCCAGCCGCUACAUGGCCCAUCACCCGGUCAUAACUAAUGGAGCUUACAACAGCCUUCUGACCAACACCUCACCUCAAGGCUACCCGGCAGCGGGCUACCCUUACGCGCAACAGUAUGGACACACUUACCAAGGAGGGGCUUUUUACCAGUUCUCUUCGGCGCAAGCAGGACUGGUCCCGGGGAAAGCGCAGGUGUAUCUGUGCAACAGGGCCCUGUGGCUGAAGUUUCACAGGCACCAAACCGAGAUGAUCAUCACAAAGCAAGGACGACGAAUGUUCCCGUUUUUAAGCUUCAACAUUUCUGGCCUUGACCCAACCGCUCACUACAAUAUAUUUGUGGAUGUAAUACUGGCUGAUCCAAAUCACUGGCGAUUUCAAGGAGGAAAGUGGGUGCCAUGUGGAAAAGCAGACACAAAUGUAAUAGGAAAUAGGGUUUACAUGCACCCGGACUCACCAAAUACCGGUGCUCACUGGAUGCGUCAAGAAAUAUCAUUUGGAAAGCUAAAGCUGACAAACAACAAAGGGGCCUCAAACAACACAGGGCAGAUGGUGGUUCUCCAGUCUCUCCACAAGUACCAGCCCAGGCUCCAUGUGGUGGAAGUGAACGAGGAUGGGACGGAGGACACCAGCCAGCCAGGACGAGUCCAGACUUUCACCUUCACGGAGACGCAAUUCAUCGCCGUCACAGCCUACCAGAAUACCGACAUUACGCAACUGAAAAUUGACCACAAUCCGUUUGCUAAAGGAUUUCGGGACAACUAUGACACUGUCUACACAGGGUGCGACAUUGACCGCCUAACGCCAUCACCGGGUGACUCUCCGCGUUCACAGAUCGUGCCGGGUGCGAGAUAUGCCAUGCCUAGCUCUUUCCUGCAGGACCAAUUUGUCAGCACUUAUGCCAAAUCUCGCUUUCACCCUGGCGUGGGGACUGGUCCUGGCACGGAGCGCAGCGUCCCACUCGGCAACAGCUUGCUAUCCCCGCAGCAAACCGAGGAGCCCACUGUUGCCACCCCCCCGCAGCGAUGGUUUGUCACCCCUGCCAACAACCGACUGGACUUUGCUGCCUCGGCAUACGACGCCGCCGAUUUCGCCGGUAACGCGGCCACCUUGCUGUCCUACGCAGCGGCCGGAGUGAAGGCUCUUCCCCUGCCGACUGCAGGCUGCUCCAACCGGCCUCUUGGCUAUUACGCAGACCCGUCAGGCUGGGGAGGACGCACGCCGCCGCAGUACUGUGGCGUGAAUAGCAAAUCCAGCUCGGUCUUUUCCUGCUGGCCCGCUAACUCCAUCGGUGGCAGAGCGGGCACCAACUACCUGGGCGAGGAGGGAGACUCUAUCCCGACAGAGAGAUCACCGAUCGGCGGCUCGGAGGAGACCAAACCCAAGGACAUGACAUCUGAGUCGAGCUGGAUAGAGACGCCGUCGUCCAUUAAGUCCAUCGAUUCAAGCGAUUCCGGUAUCUUUGAACAGGCCAAAAGAAGGCGAAUCUCACCUUCUGCCACGCCGGUUUCAGAGACAGUGUCCCCGUUAAAAUCGGAGCUGCUGGCACCGAGAGAGUGUGAGAAGAACUGCACAAAGGACAUUGGCUACACACUGAAAAACUGUGAAGUUGACAAGUUUUCUGGUCGGCGGCCAAAGGAAGUGACACACACCAGAAGAAAGUCUAGAUUGUCUGAAAAUGCGCAAAAGGACGAGAACAGGCCCGGGGGGGAACCUCAAAACGCGUCGUUUGAUCAAGUCUGCGCCGAAAUCACCGCUGCACCCGACGGGAUUCUACACCCAGCGGAGAUCCCUGCUCCGUCUCGCCGUUACCGCGACGUGCCGAGGGAGGGUGAUGGACACCGCGGACCAGGGGGCUCAGAUAGAGCCGCUGCUGCCACCGAGGACACAGAGGGAAAGCUCAUGCAUUCUGAAAACUUGGAGGCUCCUUGGCUCUUCAAAUAUCAGAGGAACGACGAUGAGGCUGUGGUGGACAGAGGAGGAACACGGUCCCAACAGAGAGCCAACUUUGAGCAGGAAGAUCUUGAAGGCCACAGGACUCUCUACAUCGGGGUCCAUGUCCCCUUGGGCAGCACCAGGCACCGCAGCCAUCGCAGGCACCGUCACCAUGGAAACAAGCAUUGGAGGAAAAGCAGGGGCCGAUCCCUCACCUUGGUUGAGGGUAGAGAGUCUCCUCUUUACGACACUCCCUCCCAGAGAGUGCAGUUCCUUCUGGGCACCGAGGAUGACGACGAGGAGCAUAUUCCUCAUGACCUCUUCACAGAGAUGGAUGAGAUCUGUUUGAGGGAUGGAGAAGACUCUGAGUGGAGGGAAAGUGCCAGGUGGCUGAAGUUUGAGGAGGACGUUGAGGACGGAGGAGAGCGAUGGAGCAAACCCUACGUAGCCACCCUGUCUCUACACAGUCUGUUUGAGCUGCGGAGCUGCAUUAUCAACAGCACUGUGCUGCUCGACAUGAGGGCUAAUACCAUUGAUGAGAUUGCUGACAUGGUCCUGGACCACCAGGAGUUAUACUCACCGCUGGGGGAUGAGCUUAGAAAGAAAGUGCGGGAGACAAUGUUGAAGCAGCACCAUCACCAGAACCAGAAGAAGCUGGCUAACCGUCUACCAAUUGUGCGCUCCAUUGCCGACAUAGGUCGACGGACAUCAGAGCUCCACCUGGACAAGAAUGGUCAGAUGUCGUCCUCCCAGUCUCAGCUGGCGGGUCCGGAUGGGAAAGGGGACGUCAGUAGAGAGAACAGUUCUGUUGACUUCAGCAAGAUAGACCUUCAUUUCAUGAAGAAGAUCCCGCCAGGGGCCGAAGCGUGUAACGUGUUAGUGGGAGAGCUGGAAUUUCUGAACAAGCCGGUGGUGGCGUUUGUCCGCCUUUCGCCAGCGGUUCUGCUCAAUGGGCUGGCUGAAGUCCCCAUUGCCACAAGGUUUCUGUUUAUUCUCUUGGGGCCCUUGGGUAGAGGGCCUCAAUAUCAUGAGAUUGGAAGGUCCAUUGCAACACUUAUGACAGAUGAGGUUUUCCAUGAUGUGGCCUAUAAAGCUAAAGACAGGAAUGAUCUCAUCGCUGGGAUUGAUGAAUUCCUGGAUCAAGUGACAGUCCUGCCUCCAGGAGAGUGGGACCCAUCCAUACGGAUAGAGCCCCCCAAAAAUGUACCAUCUCAGGAGAAGAGGAAGAAAAGUAACAUUUUACCGAACGGAUUAGUGGAGGGUGAUGAGGAGGAUGAGCACAGUGGCCAUGGAGGUCCAGAACUGCAACGCACUGGAAGGUGGUUUGGUGGUCUCAUUCUAGACAUCAAGCGAAAGGCACCCCACUACUUGUCCGACUACACUGAUGCUAUUAGUUUGCAGUGUGUGGCCUCUUUCCUAUUCCUCUAUUGUGCCUGCAUGUCCCCUGUCAUCACCUUUGGAGGACUACUGGGCGAGGCAACAGAAGGACGCAUAAGUGCAAUUGAGUCGUUGUUUGGAGCCUCGCUGACCGGAAUAGCCUAUUCCCUAUUUGCCGGGCAGCCCCUUACCAUUCUGGGCAGCACGGGGCCAGUGCUUGUAUUUGAAAAGAUAUUGUUCAAAUUCUGCAAGGAGUUUGGCUUGUCCUAUCUGUCACUGAGAACCUGUAUUGGUCUGUGGACAGCUUUCCUCUGUAUUGUGCUGGUGGCCACAGAUGCCAGUUCCCUCGUUUGUUACAUCACACGGUUUACAGAGGAAGCCUUCGCCUCACUCAUCUGCAUCAUCUUUAUCUACGAGGCCUUGGAAAAACUUAUCCACUUGGGGGAACACUAUCCCUUUAACAAGAACAACAACCUGGACACGCUCACCACGUACUCAUGUUCAUGCGUUGAGCCUUCUGACCCCACCAAUGGCACCCUGAAGUAUUGGGAGAUCAACAACAUCACUGCCACAGAAAUCUACUGGGAAGCGCUGGAAGUCAAGGACUGUAUUGAAAAGCGAGGCGAGUUUGUGGGCAGCGCCUGUAGCCCACACGGGCCCUAUGUCCCUGAUGUCCUCUUUUGGAGUGUCCUUCUCUUUUUUUCUACCGUCUUCAUGUCCGCCUUCCUAAAGGAGUUCAAGUUCAGCAAUUACUUUCCCACAAAGGUGAGGUCCAUCAUCAGUGACUUUGCUGUUUUCUUCGCCAUCUUUACAAUGGUCUUAGUCGACUAUGCCUUAGGGAUUCCCUCUCCAAAGCUAAAGGUUCCCAGUGUGUUUAAGCCAACGAGAGAUGAUCGAGGAUGGUUCAUCAACCCGCUGGGGCCCAACCCCUGGUGGACGGCAGUCAUAACGGUGGUGCCAGCUCUGCUUUGUACCAUCCUCAUCUUCAUGGACCAGCAGAUCACAGCUGUCAUCAUUAACAGGAAGGAACACAAACUCAAGAAAGGCUGUGGGUACCACCUGGAUCUGUUCAUGGUGGGGGUGAUGCUUGGUGUGUGCUCCUUGAUGGGUUUGCCGUGGUUCGUAGCAGCCACUGUCCUCUCCAUCACCCAUGUCAACAGCCUGAAGCUUGAGUCGGAGUGCUCAGCCCCUGGUGAACAGCCCAAGUUCCUCGGCAUCAGAGAGCAACGCUUUACUGGCCUCAUGAUCUUCACCCUCAUGGGCUGCUCUGUCUUCAUGACAUCUGUGCUGAAGUUCAUUCCUAUGCCUGUGCUGUAUGGAGUAUUCCUUUACAUGGGAGCAUCCUCUCUCAGAGGAAUUCAGUUCUUUGACCGUCUGACACUGUUCGGUAUGCCGGCCAAGCACCAGCCAGACUUCAUCUAUCUACGACACGUACCCCUGAGGAAAGUGCACCUGUUCACCAUCAUCCAGCUCAGCUGUUUGGUUCUGCUCUGGGUCAUCAAGACCUCCAAGGCAGCCAUUGUCUUUCCUAUGAUGGUGUUAGCGCUCGUGUUUAUCAGAAAGCUAAUGGACUGUAUCUUCACCAAGAGAGAGCUGAGCUGGCUGGAUGACCUCAUGCCAGAAAGCAAGAAGAAGAAGCUUGAGGAUGCUGAAGAGGAGGAGGAGCAGAGUAUACUGGCAGAAGAUGAGGGAGUGGUGCAAGUGCCAUUAGAAGGAUACAAAGGAAUACCAAUCAUCAACAUCACAGAUGAAAUGUCAAAGGGUUCUUUUGGAAAUACUUGGAAUGCCAACGGCUAAGACAUUUGAGAGAGAAUUGAGGCAUCAGAACAUUAUGUUUACCACAACACUCACAGUAUUUCCCCACAAAAUGGGAAUGCAAGAUGAGAAAUGUAAUGUGAAGAAGAUGAAGGACAGUGUUGUGAGUCUUUGUCACUGCCCCUUCUGUGUGUUCGUAAACCAAUCUGCAUUGUGUGCUGCAGCUUAUCAAUCCUUCAAGUUUAGCUUCGUAAUUCUCUGU